UAAAAGGCUUUAAAUUUAAAACUAAAGAAGUGAUUAGGAUAACCAUUGAUAAAAAUAAUGUCUCAGGAAAUAUUGAUGUGCAACGUGGAAUCUACUAUGCUGGAUAUAGAUGAACGAUACGCUUAAACUUUAAAAAUGCUACCGAAGACCUACUUUCUGCUCAUCCCGGCAAUUUUCUUAGCCUCGUUUUUAUACCUUCCAACAUUUUUUAAUUACAUUACCACAGAAGAUGGCGUAUACAGUGAAUGGACCUCGUGGUCUCGAUGUAUGAAGUACUGUGGAGAAAGCUGGCAAGGGCGGUAUCGAAAUUGUUCAAAAGAAAGCAAAGGCUACGGAAAAACUUGCGAAUCGUUGGGGCCAAAGAUCGAGACUAAAAAAUGUUUUCUCCGUGAAUGCCCCAUCGACGGUCAUCCAGGGGAAUGGGAGAACUGGGGCCCAUGUGAUAAAGACUGCAAAGAUGGGAAAAGGUCUCGGAUAAGGAAAUGUAAUAAUCCCAAACCGAAAUACUUCGGUCUGCCAUGUCAAGUACCAUUGAACGAAUAUCAAAAGUGUCCGAACGAAAAUCCCUGUAAAGAAGACGGCAAAUACGGGUCGUGGUCGAAGUGGUCCGAUUGUUCAGCUAACUGUGGCAAAGGAACGCAAACACGCGAAAGAAAGUGCACUCCUCCUGUGGGUGGUGGAAAACCUUGUGAAAAAGGAUUGGUUGACAAAGUUACACAAGAAUGCUUUUUAAAGGAGUGUGCAACCGAAAAACCUAAGGUAGAUCCCACGGAAAAAACUGAAAAUGCAAAAAAGGUUGAAAAUAACGCCGUGACAACAAAUAAAACUUAGUGACUAUUUUAUUUACAAUGUGAUAAUUCAGCCGCAACCGUAGACUGGUAACGAAAAACAGUACGAGUUAUAAAUUUGUUUACGGUAAUAACAUUUUAUAAGGAUAUCCUUGAAAUCGUCGAAAUAAUCAAAAUAUUGAUAUAUUUAAACACGGGAAAA